AGCCGCGCCGCCGCCGCCGCGCCUCGGCCUCGGUGCGGGCAGCGGCCGCAGACGCCGAGACAGCUUGCGCGGGCGAGCAUCCCCAGGCCCCUCAGGUUACAAGGUUGGCACCAUGGCUGAGAAGUUUGACUGCCACUACUGCAGGGACCCCUUGCAAGGGAAGAAAUAUGUGCAGAAGGACGGCCACCAUUGCUGCCUGAAGUGCUUUGACAAGUUCUGCGCCAACACCUGCGCAGAAUGCCGCAAGCCCAUUGGUGCGGACUCCAAGGAGGUGCACUAUAAGAACCGCUACUGGCACGACAACUGCUUCCGCUGUGCUAAGUGCCUUCACCCCUUGGCUAAUGAGACCUUUGUGGCCAAGGACAACAAGAUUAUGUGCAACAAGUGCGCCACUCGUGAGGACUCCCCCAAGUGCAAGGGGUGCUUCAAAGCCAUUGUGGCAGGAGAUCAAAACGUGGAGUACAAGGGCACCAUCUGGCACAAGGACUGCUUCACCUGCAGCAACUGCAAGCAAGUCAUCGGGACUGGAAGCUUCUUCCCGAAAGGGGAGGACUUCUACUGCGUGACUUGCCACGAGACCAAGUUCGCGAAGCACUGCGUCAAGUGCAACAAGGCCAUCACCUCUGGAGGAAUCACUUACCAGGAUCAGCCCUGGCAUGCCGAUUGCUUUGUGUGUGUUACCUGCUCUAAGAAGCUGGCUGGGCAGCGUUUCACCGCUGUGGAGGACCAGUAUUACUGCGUGGAUUGCUACAAGAACUUUGUGGCCAAGAAGUGUGCUGGAUGCAAGAACCCCAUCACUGGGAAAAGGACUGUGUCAAGAGUGAGCCACCCAGUCUCUAAAGCUAGGAAGCCCCCAGUGUGCCACGGGAAACGCUUGCCUCUCACCCUGUUUCCCAGCGCCAACCUCCGGGGCAGGCAUCCGGGUGGAGAGAGGACUUGUCCCUCGUGGGUGGUGGUUCUUUAUAGAAAAAAUCGAAGCUUAGCAGCUCCUCGAGGCCCGGGUUUGGUAAAGGCGCCAGUGUGGUGGCCUAUGAAGGACAAUCCUGGCACGACUACUGCUUCCACUGCAAAAAAUGCUCCGUGAAUCUGGCCAACAAGCGUUUUGUUUUCCACCAGGAGCAAGUGUACUGUCCCGACUGUGCCAAAAAGCUGUAACUUGACAGGGGCCCCUGCGCUGUAAAAUGGAAGCUCAGUCAUGCCCUUUGUGUCCCUGCCCUCUGCCCUACACCAUCAAUAGGGCAAGAGUGGCCUUCCACCUGUUUCAAGUCCUUCUUCUUGUCUUUGCUACCAUUUUACAGUGUCUCUUCGAAUAAAGGCACGUAGCAGUCAUACUAGCAUUUAGCAACACGCAAACACUGCAGCAAAGUUCAUUUCUCGCCAGCCCCGAUUAGAACACAAAACCUUAGCUAGAUUGACUCUUCUGCAUGAUUACCAUAGAGCAGAACAGUGCUAACAUGUAGCCACUUAGUGACAUAAGCAAAAAGCCUGCAAGCCACACCCCCUGCCCACCUGCCUGUCAGGGCCCAGCGGGGCUGGGGCUCUCUGUGUACUCACGUGACCUGACCCGGCACCCUGUGACGACAGCAGAAAGGAAACUUGCCGAAAUGCAUGGUUUGACUUCAUCAGCAAAACUCCCCCCCCCCCCCCCGUUCUUUUGUGCUUUCAGAUGACUUAAUGUGGAUUUCUGGAACACUAACAUUUGAACUUAGCUGUAAUUCCUGAACUGCCCAUGCCCCAACACUAACCUUUGAAUUACCCGCGGGGCCUUGUGUUCCGAGCCGUCCUUCAGAGCCUGGGACUGGCAGGUAGAUCUGAGAAAACGAGCAGCAUCGUGACAGUGAUUGCUUCUGGAAGCUUGACAUUAACCUUGUUGUGCUUUUCAGUUUUCAGUUAUUUUUUGUUUGUUUUAAUGAAUAGCAAGUUAGUUUAUGGGUUUGAAAAGUUGCAUGAAAAAACUCUUAGCCCCCUCCUGCUUUCCUGCAGAAAUAAGCGCAGAAGUGGUGCGGGGCAGCUCAGCAGGUGUCACAAGUGUCAUCACCGUGGAUGUAACACUUUGAUAAGUGAUGAGCGAAUCCCUUGUAACAUAGUAGUUGUCUGCUCUUUGUCCGUGUGUUACAGAGCACUACCAAGUCCCUGCUCUUGUGAUUCUAGGGCUUUUCCUCUAGAGCUUAUCUGGAUCUCUGGGGGAGUGGGAAAGCCAGCGUCCUCAUGGACAGAACCGAAUUUGCACCCACUGCCUCCCUGACUGCAGGAUCACCUCCUUACUGUAUUCCAUGUUAUAUCCUACAUAGUAUAAUCAGAAACUAUCAGAAGUAAACAUGUAAUGACAAUGCAUAUUAACAUUCUUGUAGGAGUGGUUAGAGACGCUGAUGCCUCAUUGCGCCAUUUUGUUGUUGGCUGUUAUCAUCUUAACGGUUUCAGUGUAUCCUGACAAAUAAAGCAGCAUAUGAAUAA